UCGAAGCAAGGGCCUAAAGGGUAUAUAUAUUUGGUUCGAGCAACAUAGUUCCGAAAGAGGCAUAAAAUACCGCAAUCGAGUUUCUUCUCAUCGCUAACUAACGAUACAAUCAUCAACCUUUAUCCGCAUUCUUGUUCCUCAAUUCAUCUAACCCUAAUCGCUUCUUCUUCUUCUCUCGCUUCAAUUUCUAAUCCUUUUAUUUUUCAAAGUUGAUUUUUCAGGUUGCUUUAAUGGGGAAAUCCUCCACUUCACUCAAAAAGAAACAUUCCAAAACUUCCUCUAAGUCAAAGGCUAGCAGUAGAAGUAAGAGUAGGAAAUAUAAAUCAAAGAAGGCUCGUCGCCAUGAGGUUUCUCUUUCUAGCUCAGACUAUGAUGAUUCAAAAAACAUGGACACAUCGGUGUCUUCUAGUUCUGAAGAUAGGUCUAAAAGAAAAAGGGAUCGGUCUCGCACAAGAAAAGAUGUGAAAAGUCGUAAGAAGAGGUCUCGGAGACGGUCAUGCAGCAGUGACAGCAGUGAGGACUCUCUCUUUGCCCGGAAGAGAAAAAAGGAGAAGAGGAAAAACAAGUAUGAUGAGACAAAGGAGAAAUCCCGUAGGAAGAAAAAGGUUAAGAUAGAAGCGAGUGCUAGUCCGGUGAGCAGUGGGUCACGAAGCUGCUCAAUAUGUCCGGGUGGGAAUGAGAGCAACGAUAAUGUUGAAUAUGAGCGCUACAGGGGAAGAACUGAAAGAAAGGAAAAAGACAAAAGACGAUUGAGGGGAAGAAGUGGAAGUGCCAAGAGUGGUAGAUAUAGGGCUAGGAGUUGUUCACCUUGCAGUAGUCCCCAUGGUGAAUGUAAUUAUGAAGGGACUGAAGAGAAAUAUGUGCCCGAGAACAAAACGAGGUGGCUCCGAUCAGUUAUUACUGUUGCAAACGAAGGGGAUGAGUCUAGACAAUUUUCUGGAAAUGAAACCAAAGAGGAAAUUGUAGAUGAUCUUGACUAUCCUUGUAGAAGUAACGACAGUAACGAUGGGGGCUCAAAGAGGGAGUUGGAUCAUCAUCAUACACAGCGUACACCAGAAGAGGAAAUGAGGGCCAAGGAUGAUAUAGUAGAUAUGAAUGGCGAUGUUAACUUUACAGAGCCCAAACUUUGUGAUAUCAGCAGCCUUGAAGUUUGUGUUGGGACAAGUGAACCUAUAAAGGAGGAAACAAAUGAUGUUUCUAGGGCUCUGAAUGAUGUUGAUUUGGAGUUAAUUCUUAGACAAAGAGCUUUGGAAAACUUAAGAAAGUUCCGAGGUCAAGUCCAGUCCCACGCAAAAGCUUCUGAACAGGAAAAUAAAAUUGUCAGCCAAGUGAAGCAACCAAACACCGAUAAAGAGGAACUGGUCCAAGAUAAAUAUAAUAUCAGUAAUGUUGCUAUAGCGACAAAAUUUGGUAAGCAAGCACCUGUAGAAGAAACUAGUUUGCCUGUUGGGAGAAGAAAUUUAGUUACUUAUCCGAAAAACAAUGGAAGGAAUUUGAAAGUGGACAAAGAAAUGUCUGGUUCUGCUAAGAUUCAAAUGGCUAGUGCACCAGAAAAAGUGGAUGCAGACAGCCAUAGCGAAGUAGUCACUGAAUCUACUAAUAACAAGACGGGCAAUUUGGAAUCCACCCCAUCAAAAUCUUGCCAUGAUUCACUCCAAAGUCGCUCAUCUCUGAAGCAAACAACCGUGUCCGGACUUCCUCGUGAAAAGCUGGUUUUGGCAGAAAGUAUUAAAAAUGCGGGUACUUUUGAAGCUGCUCAUACCUCGAGUCACAAUGGCAGUGAUAAUGUCAAAGGCAUUAGAGGCGUUCCUUCUGCUGGUUCUGAACCUUCUAUUCUUGAACCUAAAUUUGAGCAUAAUAACUUGGAUAAGGGAAAAGAUGUUGCCAAUGCUCAUUCUCAGUUUAAAUCUAAGCAAACAUCUGAUUCACGCGAACCUUCUAAUGCAAAGUUGCCGGUGAGCGAGGCUGAUGAAGAAAGGAAUGCGGCUAAGACAACACAAUCUUCAGUCCAGAAUAUUGAUAGCAGUGCGACAGACAUUGUCGAGUCACGCAAUGUUGCUACCCUUGAAUCUGUAGAAAAUAAUCCAGGCAAACUACAAGAUGGAUCCAACCAGGGCUCUCAAUUUGAGCAGAAAACAAUGACUGUGAUGCGGGGUGGUGAAUUGGUGCAGGUUAGCUACAAGGUCUAUAUCCCUAAGAAAACCCCUGCCUUGGCUAGAAGGCAACUAAAGCGAUGAUCUAAACAAUGAUUUUAUUCGAUGAAACUUAUGUAGAGUUGUGUGUGGUUUCAUUCACGAACUCUUAGAGCUACAUCAAUUUUCAAUUAUCUAUAUUUCGUUUAAGUGACUUUGGAGGUACGCCGAAAGGAGUAUGCCUACUCAAAUAACGGUACAACCAUUGCAACACAGAAUAAUGUUCUGUUGGAACAUGGAAUUUAGAGCAAGUGUUUCAGUGAAUAUUUUUUGGAAAUGGAUUGCACGUCGUUGAGGAUUUGGAUUGUUCGAUGAAGGUUUUAUGGUUCACAUUUUGGUUUUGUGCAUUAAACUUGUUUUGUAAACUUGGAAUUUUCUUACAGGUUCAGAGACUUUUGAGUAACUUCAAGGGUUACUUCCUGAGUAUGGAUAGAUGACAUUUAUAAGUUUGGUUACAAUAAUAUAGCAUUGACUAUUUUAUGCAA